GUGCAAGUGGUGUUGGCUGGCAUUGUAUGAAGUGGUGGGUGUGCUGCAAAGGUUGAACACUGCUAAGUAGGGCGUAUCCUGGGGUGACUCAUGGCUGUGUUUUGUGCGCUCUCUAUCUAAUUACACCAUGACAGUAACAAGGAAGCCCUAUAUGCGCCUUGUACGUCCAGAGUCAUUCCAUGCAGUGUGUGACGUGGGUGAGGCAGACAGACAGGGACAUCUGUGCAACACGGAACGAUUAAGAGAUUCUAGUUCCCUGUUCCCCAUACCUUGGGCUUCCCUCAUUCCUGCAAGCCACAGCAAUGGUGUUCACUACCUUCUUGGUGACGCUGGACCCUGAGCUGCCUGUCUAUGUCCCAGGGCAGGCUGUCAAUGGCUAUCUCACGGUGGCCUGUCACGAGGAAGUCUCUUGCAGAAGUAUCAAGAUCACCAUCAAGGGGCAGUCCAAGGUGCACUGGUCCGAGAAGAGCGGCAAGAGUAGACGCCACUACCGGGCUGGGGAGCUGUACUUCAGACACCCUAUCCUUGUCUGGGGUGGUGAAGGCUCAGGUAACAGCUUUAGUCCAGGUUACCGCAAGUUUCCCUUCUCCUUCAUUUUGCCACGAGACAUUCCGUCCUCCUUUGUGUCAAACAUUGGCAAGGUGAUGUAUCAGGUGAAGGCUGAGGCUGACCUGCCCUGGAGCUUUGACAAGAGCCACAAGGUGUUCUUCUCGGUCAACUUCAUGUAUGACCUUAAUUUGGAUCCCUUUGCGACAAUCCCAAUGGUAAUUCAGAAGGAGGAUACUGUGUGCUGCUGCUGUUGUGCUGAGGGCCCCAUAGAGAUGAACAUGCGGGCACAGCGGUCGGGUUACGUGUCUGGCGAGAGCAUCUUGGUGAACGGAGAUGUGAUGAACAACACAAGCUCCACCAUUGAGUAUACUGAGAUUAAGCUUAUUCAGGUAACCACUUACAUCACCAAGGCCAAGCAGAAGCAGAUAGAGAGGACAGUGCAGAGAGUGUACCACCCUCAGUUGGGUUCUCGCUGCAGGGAUGUAUGGGAGAAUGUGCCUCUGCCCAUCCCAGCUGUGCCUGCCAGUCACCUCAAGCACUGUAACAUUAUCACCAUUCAGUACAUCUUUGUGCUACUGGCAAAGUUUGGGACUUGUAAGACUGUGAAAGCCAAGGUGCCUGUGAUCGUCGGCUCCCUGCCCCUACAGAACACCUACUCCUCCUUCCUUGUCCAACCCAGUGCUGCAGAAAUAGGUGGUACUACUAUGACAGUCCCUAUCAAUCACAGCCCCAGGCACAGCCCCAGACACAGCCCUGCUGUCCCCUCGCACUCACACCCACCCUCAGCUCCUUCACCCACUGCCCCUCCAUACAGUGGUGACCCACCUCCCUACACUGAAAAUUUCCUUCCCGAGGAGUUCCGUGAAGUUCCCCCACCCUCCUAUGCCUCCUGUGUCUUCGGCAAUACCAAUGAUGGCAGGCUGGGAGACGAUGCUGAAGACAGUGACACCGGGGAAUUUUCCCCUCGUUAUCUGACCUACAGGACACAGACCUAGAGGGGCAGCAGUGCAGGGCUCCCUCUCUGUUGCCAAACUGUGGAGGACCAGCCUCUAUUGCUGUCAUGUGGGUCUCAGCAUUCCACCAUAGCCCUGCCCUGCCACUGGCACCACUGACAUCACUACCUCAGCCACACAUUUGCCUGCACCUUAUGCAGUGUAAGGUUCGUCUCAGGGCAGCAAUCUGCCAUGUGGGCAAAUACUUCGUUACAACCACAGGCGUGGAUUUCAAGAGUUCAGAAUGUUUGAUGUGGGUGUGCUGUGUGUCUCUAAUACAUGCAGCCACUCAGACAAUGAAAAAGAAAAGAGUGUUGGUCUCAAAGGGAAGGUAAGAAGGUUUUCUUGGCUCAAGGUAGUUUCUUAUUGGGAGUGUUGGUGUUCUCUCCCUCCUCCAGUGUGUGCCAUUGUAUUGUAUCAGACUAAGGGGAUGUACUAAUGUUGUGUCUUAUCUUAAACAAUGCAUGUGUGUUAAUGAAUUCUCCACCCCCUCUCUCUCUCUCUCUCUCUCUCUCUCUCUCUCUCUCUCUCUCUCUCUCUCUCUCUCUCUCUCUCUCUCUCUCUCUCUCCUAUCCACCCAAGGCUCAGGUAACCAUUCUGUCAAACUUUGCCACAUAUAGUGUUUUGAAGAACUUAGGCACAAUAACUUACUCUAUUGUUCCCUCCAGAUUGCAUCCCUGAGAAGUGUGUUCAAUGUUUACUGUAUGUACUAUAUAACUAACAAAAAUUUUUUACAUUCUAGGAAAGAUAGAAAAGACAAUAGUAAGGUAAACUGAUGGAGUUGGAGAGAUAUAGAAGACAGUAGUAAGAUAAACGGAUAGAGUUAUAGAUUUUUCAGUGAGCAUGUGAAGUAAAACGGACAAUUGACAACUGAGAGGUCCAAGGUUCUAACCCCAGUAUUCUAGAGACAAAAAACUCAGUGUAAAAUAACAAAAAAAUUAUCUUUGUAUUCUCAUGAUUCCUCUGAAAGUUUAUGUUUUAUGUUUAUAUAUUUUCAAAGAAUAGUAUCUGUUUGUGGUUUAUUUCUACAAAUUCUACUUUCUCUCUGUCUGACCUCCAUCCUUUACUUUGACAUCAGUUUUUUUCAUUUCUUGUGGUAUUACAGCUUCUAUUUUGUUUUUGAAUGUCGUGCGAACAGAAACUCGUCUUUCAGUUUACUGAAGCCUCAUCCUGUGCUGUUUGAUGGUCACAAUUCAGUACUGGCUUUACUUAAUUCUAUUUGUACAGUCCCCUCACUGAUUUCUCUUAUUACUCCUUGAUUUCAUUAUAUUUUACUCAUAGUCACUGUAUGUCCUCCAUGUAUUUUUUUCUCAGGUAAGGUUUUUAUGACCUAGAGCAUGAUUUUUUUCAGGUAAAGUAGCUGUUUUUAUAGCCUGGAGUAUAAUUUUAUAGUACUAAGGCAUUAGCAUAAGUGAGUGACACACUGUAGAUGCUCACUUAGGUUAGUUCUCUUGAGGACACCCACUGCAAUUGUGUCCUUAAUUAGCAGCUGUUAUGAUGGUGCUGAUUCAUGUUUAUACUAUUAAUAUUUUCCUUGAUUCCCAUUGUUGACGUAUGCACACACUGCACCAGCCAGGAGUUGUGUCAUGGGUUGCAAAACGGCUGGUAACUUUGAUGAACUGGUAAGAAAGGGAAAGGUUAUAUGAAGCGAAUCAAAUCUGUGGUGUUAUUUCUGGCCACAGUUAUGCAUACAGAACACAAUAAUAGAGGCUGUAUUCUGAAACGCUCUGUUCUCUCACCACAACAUUUUCCAAGGCUAUGCUAAUGGUUAGCCUUGUUAAUCUGUCACUUGAACUGUAAAAAUCACUCUUGAAAACCUGUUUUACUUCUAGUAGAGCCUUAUGAAAGUAGUGGAGGUGUGUCACAAAGGUAUUUCAAAGUCCAGCCUUGUAUAUGACACCCUAAACUCUGCAAUACACUAGUUGAUACAGUGUAGUCAAUAUAUUGUACUGGCUGAGAAUCCUUUAUCUGGAAGGCAGGGAAAUACAGUAGUACUCGUAUUUAAGUGCCAACAGUUUUUAUAACUCAUUCACAUUUACUCACCUCUAAUGUUAUGUAUGAUAUUGCAGGGAAGUAUCAUCUGAAUUUUACAAAUGGUGCAUUCUUUUGACUUAUGAUAUGUGUAAUACAUGAAAUUUACUGUAGCAUUUUAAUGUAACCAUAUUCUUAAGCUGAGGUGUGUGUGUGUAAAUUUCCAAAACUAUAGUACAAACUUCAUUUUCUCCUAUAGCUUUCCUCCCCUGCUCUUCUUGUUAUAACAUUCCUUCUGAGUCACAAGUAAAGUGAUUGGAGGAAUGCAGACAUAGAGCAUUCGUUACCUGGGGUCCUGACAACCACAUGGCCUGGAUGUGUAAGGUGGUGUAGUUUAUUUAUUUUCUCAGUGUUCAGUCCUCCAUCAGAGUGCCUUGCUUAACCAAAAAUUUAUUGCCCUCAGAUCAACAUCACAGUGUAUCCAUGAUGUUCCUCAGUUUGGUGACUAGUUCUCCCAGGAAUGUAUUGAAUUGAUGUCCUCUGUUUGGUAUCAUGUACACUAACAAGUGGCCUUUCUUUGACCUCACUUCUUGCUUCACAGUGCCAUUUCCAAUGUUUUCUUGGAGUGUUUUGCCUUGUUAUGUUUUCUGUUUGAGAUCACAAUACGAUAACAAGUAGCCUUACAUUUAACAUCACUUCUUAUAUCACAAUGUCAUCUCCAGAGCAUUACCAUGUCACAGUGCUACCUCACCUAUCUGCCAUCUAACUUAACCUAAUUCAACUUAACAUGAUCAAACUAGAGCAUUCCAGGCAAGGCAUUCUCAGCAGAGUGUCAGUGGUAUUUUUUAAGAUGGCAUUGUAGCCUUGACCAUGUACUAUAGUAUGUAUCCUGCCAUUAUGACUUAUAAGAUGUCUCUGUAAGUACAAAGGUCAAGACGUGUGUGUCUAGAGUAGCUCAUGGCGGCUCUGCUUGCUCUGUGCAGCGUUGUGUGCCUUGGUCACUGUGUGGUCCUCGCUUUGCCUCGCGCUUAGGUGCUGUAGUGCUAGUGGGUUGUGGUGUUGGUGGUGGUGGUGUUGAGUAUUGGUAGAAGGGUGCAGGCCUGACAUAGUGGUAGUGUUGGUGGUACCUGUUGAGUAUUUGCAUAUAGAUUGUGGGAGUGGAUCGUUUGGUGUAGUGUGCUUAGUUGAUACUGGUGUGAUAGUAAAAGAAUGUGUGUGUGUGUGUGUGUGCAUGCGUGCGUGUGUGCGUGUGUGUGCAUGUGCGCGCAGCUGUGUGAGGCCCUGGGGAGUGUUGAUUGGUGAUUGUAUGUUUGUAUGUAAGAGUUCUUUUGAAUUAUGUUUAGAGUUUAUGAGUGCAUUAUGAUUAUGAUAUGUCUGCCUGCCUUUGUUUCUUACUUAUUGUUCUUUCUUUUAUCUUCUCUCUUUUCUUGUUUUCAUUUAUUUUCAUAUUAAUUUUUUUAUUUUUCCUAUCAAUUCCUUUUGUUUCCUUUCCUAUACUCUCUCUCUCUCUCUC